UCAUCUGAUUCAGGUCAAUGACUAAAGCGAUUCCAAAUGUUAAAUGUUAACAAGGACAGAGCACGCGAAUUAUAUAGAAGAGCCCGAAGAGUGAGAGCAACUUGGGGUCCAGGUAACAGUGGUUUGACAGGCCACAGCCACCACUCUUUAAACCCCGUCCGCCAUCCAGUACCAGGUGGAUCCGCUUAUACUUACAACACACACAUGUUAAAACUUACCUGAGACCCGAGUAUACUUACUGCGUUCUGGUGUCCUGCCGAGGGAUCCACAGCUACAGGCUACAGUGAUUCAGUGAUCCAACUGAUCUACAGUCUAGACCUACGUCGUUGCUCGCGAUACUUCAUUUUAACUUUAUUUUCCUUUGACAAUAUAUUUAAGCAUUGUUAUAAAGUCCAGUUUUGCAUCAACAUUGCUCGGUUCAUUGAACGUCGAUAAAUACAAACAAUGGCUUUUUUAUGCCCUGUACGGAUACGACGUGGGAAGAAGAAGAAACCGGGCGCGCACAAUUUCAGUCUUGAGAAAGACGGGCUGGGAUCCACUGUUGGUUUAGGAUCUAAUCGGGUGGCACUGCCGCCAGGAAGGAUUACAGGUAGUGCGAGCAUUGAGACACUUGUUCGAGUUGGGAUUGAGAAAGAAAAUGGUCUUUCUCCAGACAGUAAAAUGGUUAUUAUUCAUGAUUUUACGCCUUGCGUUGAUGACGAAUUGCAAGUCAAACGUGGACAGGUUGUUAAUAUAUUGUACAGAGAAAACGACUGGGUGUAUGUAAUAGCAGCAGACACACGUAUGGAAGGAUUCGUACCACACUCGUAUUGCGCACCUUACACAUCUCAGCUCGCGGAGCAAACUCUCGCGAGUUUGAUGAACAAUGUGAAGAAAAAACUCCCGCGGUCAAAUGACGGUGACAGCGACAACAUAACCUCCGCUGGGUCGACAACAACGACACUGAACAAUAACAACAACAGUACUAAUAACAACAAUAACACUAAUAAUAACAAUAACAAUAAUAGUAGUUCGCGUUCGCAAAUAUUAGAUUCGCAACACACGGACACUGGUUCGGCUUCAGAUUGCGAGAGUUAUGCCAGAAAUAUAACGACUGCUGAUAUUAACAUCAAUCGCAAUAUUGCGCAGUCGCAGAACUCGAUCCAAACCAUUUUGUCGCAGCCUGAUGUUCAUCCUUUCUUCAAGGAUCCAUCAGCAGGGAGGUAUAUAGUUUUAUACACCUUCGUCGCACGAGACGAAAACGACGUGAGCGUAGAACGCGGAGAAUUCGUGACAGUGUUGAACCGCGAUGAUCCCGAUUGGUUCUGGGUUCUCCGCCAUUGUGACGGCAACGAAGGGUUUGUUCCCUCUGGAUUCGUCUAUCCUGGUCAUGUGUUGCAUUCUUAUCAAACAACUGCCAGUACAACAACGACAACAACUUCACCAGUCACAACGACAGCUGAUCAUAGUUUAGGAGUUCGGAAUUCCCCGGCCCAAAACGAACAACCUCAGCAGCAAAAAGACGUGAGAGACUUAAGGGAUGAAACGACAGGCACUGAAUUAGUCGUGUUGUACGAUUACAAGGCGCAGGCGCCUGACGAUUUAUCAGUACGUAGAGCAGACUGGAUCUACGCAGAUCUAGGUAAUCAAACGGUCGACGGAUGGCUCUGGGCGUACGCUCCAAAAACUCGCAAGUACGGAUUCAUUCCGAAGGCUUACGCUCGUCCUCCUGCAAUGACUAGCUUGUAAUUUUAAUUUUUGCCAUCGUUUUUUAUACAUAUAUAUUUUUUAUUAUCUUUAUCAA